UAAAUUUUAAGAUUUGCUGAAUUUCGUGCGUUUCUCUUUUACUUACAUAUUUCAAAUUUAUAAUAAUGACUAAUUGGACUAUUGCUAUCCCCGAGACUCCUUCUCCCAACUUUGUUGUCGUAAAACAAAUUGCCCUUCAAUCUACUGAACAAACUGUCAAGGAAUUUUUCUUGUUCUGUGGUAAGAUUAAAGAGUUUGAGUUAAAGGUCGAUGAAGAAGAUGAAAAACACCAAAUCGCCUUAAUUCAUUUCGAACGUGAGUCUGCUGCCAAGACUGCUGCUCUUUUAAGCAAUGCUUUAAUCGAUGAUAGCCAUAUUAUUGCAGCACCUUACUUUGAUAUCCCUACCUCAGAAAGUAACGAAAAAUCUAUUGAUAAUGGCGACCACGAGACCCAAGAAGCUAAACCCAAGUCUCGCAUCGCUGCCGAAAUUUUGGCCAACGGUUAUAUGCUUCAAGAUCAUGUUGUUGCCAAAGGUCUCGAGUACGAUAACAAAUAUAACGUUUCUUCCCGUUUAACUGGAUUUUUAAACACAUUACAAUCAAAUGUCAAGCAAUUUGAUGAUAAGUAUCGUAUUUGGGAUAAGGCUGUAGGUAUUGACCAAAAAUAUAAGAUUGGUGAAAAGGUCCAAACCGCUGCUCAAACUGCCCAAACUAAGGCUGCUGCCGCUCUUCAAACCCCCACCGGUCAAAAGGUUCAUGAUUUUGCCAACCAAACACUUGCUCAAAUUGCUGCUGUUCAUUAUGAAGCUAAAAAAAUUCAGGGUGAGAAGUUGAAUACAACCGAAGCUCACAAGAGUACCGAAACCGACACUCAUAAGGCAGCUGCUCAAUAAAUAACAACAAACAUAAUAAUUCAUAAUAAAAAAUGGCUGUUUGCUCAAUAUUCCCUUAA